AUGCCAAGAAUAUCUCUAUUCGUCGUCCUCGCCUUGUGCGUGCUUUCGUUUGCAAUGGCGUUCCACCUGAGCACACCGACCUUUUAUGGGCACCAACAACGCCCCCGGAUUCGGCCAAGAGCCACGGCCAAACCACCAGAGAGCGCGCAGGAAGAGUCCAAAAACACGAAAGAAGUCGAUUUAUUGACGAAAGCUUCCUGGUAUGGAGUCGAAGUCUUUGGAAAGGUAUUUGGGUCCAAACGCGACUCGUCCACGUACGCAUAUUCGCUCGAACAACCUCCAAGUUCUGUGGAAGAAACAAAAGCACGCCUGCAGGCAGACAACAAUCGCGAAUACUUUUUGUCGGGGGAAGUGGACAAAUGCAUCUACGAUGAUCAGUGCGUGUUUGCAGACCCUUUUGUGUCGUUCAAAGGCCGGGAUCGCUUCGUUGAAAAUCUUGUGAACCUUGGUUCGUUUGUAACCAAAUACAGUGCAAAACCACUGAGUUACUACGAAGAGGACGAAGCGGUUGUGACCAAAUUUAUGGUCAAACUUGAGUUGAAUCUACCUUGGAAGCCUGUGCUAGCAUGGCCGUGGGGUGUGCGGUGUGUAAUUGAUCGAGACACCAACCUCAUCACACUGCAUGAAGAGUCCUGGGAUAUAGCGGCGUGGGAAGGCGUCAAGCAGAUCUUCCGAAAGCCAAAGACUAGUGUAUAA